UAAAUAGAUUAGAACAUCUUUUGGGGGGGAGGGAAAUCAGUGGGUCUGAGUCUUGGAGAAAGCUGUGUCUUUUUUUUUUUUUUUAAGAAGAAAAAAAAAAAAAUAAAGGGAAGAAAAUCCAGCAGAGAAAAGAAGAGAGAGAGGAUUUCCAGCUGUGGAGGAAUAGAAGAGAAGAAGACAAAUACAGGAGGAAGAACAGAGAAAUACAUUGCAACCAAGGAGUUUUGAUUUUAUUUUAUUGUGUUUUUUAAAAAGGAAAAAAAAUCUAUAAGCAGGAAAAAAGAAAGAAAGAAAGAAAAAAAGAAAAGAAAAAGCAACUGAGAAGGGUUAUAAAAAGAGCAAAUACCAAGAAGGGUGAACAAGAGAAGAAAGUCAAGGCAAGGAGGAGCCCAAAGCUGGCAGAUCGGGAGGAUUUGCAGGGGAGAAGGGGGGGGAAGAUUGGAAAUGCAGCUCUGGAGUUUGCUGCUGCCUCUUGCGCUUCUCUGUAUAGCCCUAGCCAGUGGACCCGAAUGUGGGAUGGACGAGCGCUCCCGCAGGGCAAGAAGGGACACCAGGCACACCCGCCAGAUCCACUACACUGCCCCGGGCACCUGUGCCACCAGGUUAGCCCGAGGAAGGCGCUCCACUGCUGGUAUAGAGCCUCUGCAUGUCCCUCGCAGGAGGCAACAGCGGGAGGCAAAGGGCGAAGAGGAUUCCCUUACCCCAAGCAGGGCACUCUAUUUCAGUGGACAAGGGGAUCAGCUGCGGCUGAAAGCAGAUACCGAGCUGCCUAGAGAUGCCUUCACUUUGCAAGUGUGGCUGAAAGCUGAAGGAGGACAGAGAUCUCCAGCUGUCAUUGCAGGACUAUAUGACAAAUGUUCUUACACCUCUCGUGACCGAGGAUGGGUCCUGGGGAUAAACACCAUCAGUGACCAGGGCAAUAGAGACCCCCGCUAUUUCUUCUCGCUGAAGACAGACCGUGCUCGCAAAGUUACCACCAUUGCCGCACAUCGCAGCUACCUCCCUAAUCAGUGGGUGCACCUGGCUGCCACCUAUGAUGGGCGCCUGAUGAAACUCUAUGUGAAUGGUGCCCAGGUGGCUACAAGCGGGGAGCAGGUGGGCAGCAUCUUCAGCCUUCUGACCUUGAAGUGCAAGGUGCUCAUGAUUGGAGGAAAUGCCCUAAACCAGAACUAUCGGGGUUACAUAGAGCACUUCAGCUUUUGGAGGACAGCCCAAUCUCAGCAGGCGAUCUUGUGGGACAUGGGCCAGGCUAUUCAUGGACAAGGCACCCCUCUACCUCAGCUAGUUCUUCAAGACAGUUUACUGAAUGUGAAAAGCACCUGGUCUCCUAUGAAAGAUGGCAGCAGUCCUCAGAUUAUGUUCAGCUAUCACCAUAGCUACUUGCUGGAUACCAGCUUGGAUCCUCCUCUCUGUGGACAGACAGUCUGUGACAACGUGGACGUGAUUGCCAGCUACAACAAGCUCCCAAGCUUCCGCCGCAACAAGGUGGUACGUUACCGGGUAGUGAACCUCUACGAUGACAAGCACCAAAAUCCCACGGUCAGCCGUGAGCAGAUUGAGUUUCAGCAUCAGCACCUGAACGAGGCCUUCAGCCACUACAAUAUUACCUGGGAGCUGGAGGUGCUGGAGGUGAAGAACUCCUCACUUCGCCACCGGCUCAUCCUAGCCAAUUGUGACAUCAGCAAGAUUGGAGAUGAAAACUGUGACCCUGAGUGCAAUCACACCCUGACUGGGUAUGAUGGAGGGGAUUGCCGGCAUGUGCGUCACGCUCUGUUCAACAAGAAGAAGCAAAAUGGGGUGUGUGACAUGGAUUGUAACUAUGAAAGAUACAGCUUUGAUGAUGGGGAGUGCUGUAACCCGGAGAUAACUGAUGUCACCAAGACAUGUUUUGACCCCUAUUCUCCUUACAGAGCAUAUUUAGAUGUCAAUGAACUAAAGAAUAUACUGAAACUGGAUGGAUCUACACACCUCAACAUCUUCUUUGCUAACUCCUCUGAAGAAGAGCUGGCUGGAGUGGCCACCUGGCCUUGGGAUAAAGAAGCCCUAAUGCAUUUAGGUGGUAUUGUGCUGAAUCCAUCCUUUUAUGGCAUCCCCGGCCACACACAUACAAUGAUCCAUGAAAUUGGGCACAGCCUGGGGCUCUACCACGUCUUCCGGGGAAUCUCCGAGAUCCUAUCCUGCAGUGACCCCUGCAUGGAAACCGAGCCCUCAUUUGAGACGGGAGACCUCUGCAGUGAUACCAACCCAGCUCCAAAGCAGAAGCUGUGUGGGGACCCUGGGCCUGGCAAUGACACAUGUGGUUUUCGCAGUUUCCUAAACACACCAUACAGCAACUUCAUGAGCUAUGCAGAUGAUGACUGCACCAACUCUUUCACGCCCAAUCAAGUAGCAAGAAUGCACUGCUACUUGGACCUGGUAUACCAGAGCUGGCAGCCUGCCAAGAAGCCAGCCCCCAUUGCCAUCGCCCCACAGAUCGUAGACCGAACAUCAACCUCCAUCACCCUGGAAUGGUUCCCUCCCAUCGAUGGCCACUUCUUUGAAAGAGAAGUGGGAUCAGCAUGCGAUCUGUGUGUGGAAGGAAGAGUCCUGGUGCAAUAUGCCUUCAGUGCCUCCUCACCAAUGCCAUGUGACCCAUCAGGACACUGGAGUCCAAGAGAAGCAGAAGGUCAUCCUGACGUAGAGCAACCUUGUAAAUCCAGUGUCCGGACUUGGAGUCCCAACUCGGCAGUCAAUCAGCACACGGUGCCACCAGCCUGUCCUGAACCUCAGGGCUGCUACCUGCAGCUGGAGUUCCACUAUCCUCUGAUUCCAGAGUCCCUCACUAUCUGGGUGACAUUUGUCUCCCCAGACUGGGACUCGAGCGGAGCAGUGAAUGACAUCAAGCUGCUCAGCACCAGUGGGAAGAACAUCUCUCUGGGGCCUCAAAAUGUCUUCUGUGACAUCCCCCUGACUAUCAAGUUGGAUGCCAAGCAGGUGGGCGAGGAAGUGUAUGGCAUCCAGAUCUACACUUUGGAUGAGCAUCUGGAGAUUGAUGCGGCUAUGCUGAGCUCCAUCCCUCAGAGCCUAUUGUGUGCAGACUGCAAACCCAUCCAAUAUAAGGUGAUCCGGGACCCUCCUUUCCUGACUGGCUCUCCAUUCAUCAUCUCAAACCUCAACAGGAGAUUUGUGGACAUGGAGGUGAGUGAUAGUACCACAUACACAUACCAGGUUGUCGUUGUUACGGGGACAACAGAGAGUGAACCUUCCCCUGCACUCGUGUACGUCUCUGGAAGUGGAUACUGUGGAGAUGGGAUUAUCCAAAGAGACUUGGGGGAAGAAUGCGAUGACAUGAAUAAGAUCAACGGUGAUGGCUGCUCCCUCUUUUGCCGGCAGGAGUUAUCCUUUAAUUGCAUUGAUGAACCUAGCAGGUGCUACUUCCAUGAUGGUGAUGGAGUGUGUGAAGAGUUUGAACAAAUGACUAGCAUCAAAGACUGUGGUGUUUAUACUCCCAAAGGCUUCCUGGACCAAUGGGCUUCCAAUGUGUCAGUCUCACACAACAAUGACCAGCAGUGCCCGGGAUGGGUGGUCAUUGGUCAGCCAGCAGCUACACAGGUGUGCCGAACAAAAGUGAUUGACCUGAGUGACGGGGUGUCUCAGUAUGCUUGGUAUCCGUGCACAGCCAACUUUCAGUAUUCACAUAUAGCUCAGACCAUUUUCUGGCUCAAGACCUUUUUUUCACAACCUAUGGUAGCUGCUGCAGUCAUUGUGCACUUGGUCACUGAUGGAACAUACUAUCUGGAUCAGAAGCAGGAAACCAUCAAUGUGCAACUGUUUGACACCAAAGACCAAAGCCAUGAUCUCGGUGUCCACGUUCUGAGCUGCAGGAACAAUCCCCUGAUUAUCCCCGUGAUCCAUGACCUCAGUCACCCUUUCUACCACACCCAGGCUGUCCUGAUUAGCUUCAACUCCCAGUUUGUGGCCAUCUCCGGGGUGGCCCUGCGCUCCUUUCACAACUUCGACCCCAUCACCAUCAGCAGCUGUCAGAGAGGACAGACCUACAGCCCAGCUGAGCAGAGCUGUGUCCACUACUCUUGCGAAGCCACUGACUGCCAAGAGCUGGAGAUUGAGAAUGCCAUGCUGAACUGCACCAGCGGUGGGUGGUACAACGGUGCCCAGUGCAACGUUAGUUGCAAGACAGGCUACAUCCUGCAAGUGCACAGAGAUGAUGACCUCAUCAAGAGCCAGUUGGGGUCCAGCAUCACCAUGACUUGCGUGGAUGGAAAGUGGAACAAACAGGUGACCUGUGACCCUGUGGAUUGUGGUAUCCCUGAUCAAUACCACGUCUACCCAGCCACAUUCAACUGCAGUGAGGGCACCACUUUUGGCAAGAAGUGCUCCUUCACUUGCCGACCUCCUGCUCUGCUGAAAGGAAACAACAGCAACUUGACCUGUAUGGAAGAUGGGCUGUGGUCUUUCCCCGAGGCCCUUUGUGAGCUGAUGUGUCGGGCUCCAUCAGUAGUUCCCAAUGCGGAUCUUCAGACUGCCCGCUGCCGUGACGAUAAGCACAAAGUGGGCUCCUUUUGCAAGUACAAGUGCAAACCAGGCUACCAUGUUCCUGGAUUGUCCAGGAAGGCAAGAAAGAGGGCUUUUAAGAUCCAGUGCACGCAAGAUGGCAGCUGGGUAGCUGGAGCAUGUGUGCCUGUGACCUGUGAGCCUCCACCUUCCAAGUUUCAUGGACUUUACCAGUGCACCAAUGGCUUCCAGUUCAACAGUGAGUGCCGGAUCAAAUGUGAAGAUGAUGACAAUCAAUCAGGCCGUGGCAACAACGUGAUUCACUGCCGGAAGGAUGGCACCUGGAGCGGCUCCUUUCACCUCUGCAGGGAGAUGCAGGGCCAGUGCUCUCUUCCCACUCAGCUCAACAGUAAUCUUAAGCUGAAGUGUGCUAAUGGCUACGGAAUAGGAGCUGAGUGUACCACCUCAUGCCUGGAUCACAAUGAACCCAUCCUGCUGCGUGCGAACGAGACCUUGCAAGACAUCCAGCACUGGAUGAAUCCUCAACGAGUGAAGAGUGUUGUCUGCACAGCAGGGCUCAAAUGGUACCCUCACCCUUCGCUGAUCCACUGUGUCAAAGGCUGUGAGCCUUUCAUGGGAGACAACUACUGUGAUUCUAUCAACAACCGAGCCUUCUGCAAUUAUGAUGGUGGGGACUGCUGCGCCUCAACAGUGAAGACCAAAAAGGUUACUCCUUUCCCUAUGUCCUGUGAUUUACAAGGAGAAUGCGCUUGCCUGGAUCCCAACGCCCAAGAGCACAGUCAAAAGGACCUGCGUGGCUUCAGUCUUGGGUAACGCCAAACAAGGUGGAAUGGACAGCCACACCGCACCAGGCAGGCUAGGAGAGACACCACAUCUCUUUUUGGUAUUGUUUUUAACAUUUAGCUGCUCAACUGGAUGGCAUUUCUGCACCAGGGACCCUUAGAAUUCAACCAGUCUGCCUUUAAUUUUUGUCCAAGGAGGACUCAAAGUAGGGGUUUCUGUAUUAAAUAUAUCUUAAAUAGUGACAACAAAAACAAACAGCAACAAAGAGUCAAGUCAAGAAGACUUUUAAGUAUCAAAACAGCAUGUGUUAUGCAGUUGUGUGCCCACCUAAUUUGAACAGUUUGUAUCUAGAUUUAAGGCGAGAAACAAGCCAUAUAUAUAUAUAUAUACGCAUAUUUAUAGAGAAAAAAUAGGGAGAGAAAGAGAGAAAAAGAGAGAUUGACAACAAAGCAAAAACACUUUCCCCUCUCCAGUGCUCACAACUCAGACCAUUCAUGGAAGAGGCUGAGCUCUCAGAUGAAACCAAGCCCAGCCUAGUCUGAUGUUGAAUGCCAAGGUAUCUCAUGCUCAGGGCACUGAGGUAGGGGUGGGUUCACCACAGGGCAGUGCAUCUUGGCAAGUGAUUUGCUGAAUACCCAGCUGAAAAACGGGUUGUGUUAGCUCAUCACAGGAACAUUACUUCCAGCCUGGGAGCUUUGCAACUGAUGUGGUCUUUUCAGCACAGCUCCCUGGCUUGUGACCAGCCUGAAAACUGUAGUCCUCACAGGUGAGAGCUCCAGCAAUAUUUAAGUGUAGAGGUGGGCAGACAAGUCCCAUGGUGAAGCAGAGGGAGUGGGAAGUCUAAGGAUUUGGCAUGUAAGUGUUGGGCUGGCACUGAAGAAUGGAGAUUAUUGCUCCUGAGGGAACAGAGAGGGUAACUCAAACCCCCAUACUUGUCGUUCGAGCAUGUCUGCUGCUGCUACUCCUGCUGCUAUGUCCCAUACAACUAGUUUCCUUACUGUGUCAGGACAGGGUGAAAACAACCCCAAGCAACCAAACAGUCUGCCUUAAAGCUUACCUACAACCUGUCUUUCAAAUCCUCUGGUUUCCUUCUCAGCACUGGGGCAAGAAAACAGGACACCAGUCAGUCAAAGGGCUCUGUUUCUUUAUCUCCAUCUAGCCAAUGGUUCAUCUAAAAUUUCUCCUCUCCCUGUGUGGGUUUGUGUAUGUUAUAUUUAAAACCCCCC